AUGAUCAUUGGCGACACCAAUUCAGUGUGGGUUGUUCAUGAUAACCACUUUCGACGGCACAAGGCCAAUAGCGGCAUUCGAUUGCGUCACGGCACAAUGCUAGAGAAGCUUCAACUCUCUGUGGGCGUGGAUACCACUACAAACCGUGGCGCUGGGAUUCCUUGCUACGGUUUCCUUGCUCUCGGUUGA